AUGGCGCGAAAAAAGACUGCGUUGGCUGAGGUUGACCUCCCGAAGGCUAUCUGGGCUGCAAUCUACGAUUGCUAUUUAAAAAAGAAGUCAAUCGACCGAGAGGCGUUUAUGAAAAGAUAUACAGCAAAGAACCCCAAAAACGCAGACAAGAUCAAAAAAUUACUCGAAUCACAACCAAAGGGCGAGAAACCAGUCGCCGGCUUGACGCCAGCCCAAGGCUCAAAAGCCCCGACGCCGGUUUCGACCACUGCGAAGCAGUCUAGUCCCCAGGUUGAUGCCCAACGCCCCUCAUCAUCAACUGUCUCUCAGAAGAAACCACCCACAGCGAAAGCUUCAGCCUCUGCCCAAAAAGUCCCUGAAAAAGUCCAUCCGAUCACAGGUCACCGCGCUCAGGCUAGCUCUAGCGAGAAUUCAACCAAUUUAAAUGUAGCAGAUCUACCCACCAACGACGUGGUUAAUAUCCGUUUACAAGAGUUCAAUGAACAUCUCGCCGGAAAGAUUGAGAGAGCUCCCGGUAUAACCCCCUCCCUUCCCUCCCUAGAGGUACAACUGCAGUUCAUGACCUCUAGCGAUGAUAAAAUGGAAGGAACCAACAAUAGCGUACUUGAGGAACAUGCUGUUUUGGUCUCUCCUCUGUUCGAGAGGCCCAGUUACAGCCUACCUUCUCAAUGUGCGCUCCUUGGAAAGAUAGUCACAGCGGGAAACGAGAUUUCAGACCCCAGAAUCAUGUUGAAUACAAAUAUUCCAUUCUCCGCUUUUGUCUGUGGCGUGCAAGGGAGUGGCAAGUCGCAUACCACUGCUUGCAUAAUUGAGAACUGCUCAAUGGAUAUUCCAGCACUAGGGACUCUCCAAAGUUCCAUCACGACUCUUGUGCUACAGUAUGAUGAGUAUACUUCGACAGCGAGUUCGCAACCCAACGAAGCGGCCUUCUUAGCCAGGGUGUUACCUCAAUAUGCCUACGCAAAGCCAGUUCCAAUACGUGUUCUAGUUUCCCCGACGAACUUUCACAACCUCAAGAAGAUGUAUUCACAAAUUCCCAAUGUUGAGGUUCGGCCAUUCAAGCUUCAGCCUGAUCACCUCAAUAUCAGCAUGAUGCUUUCACUUAUGUCUUUCUCCCAAAGUGGCGGGAUGCCUCUAUAUAUGGCACAAGUGACUCGGGUGCUUAGAGAAAUGGCGAUCAAGAGCGGCGGCCGUUUUGAUUAUUCUGAGUUUCGAGUCCGUCUGAAAGCUCUGGAUCUAGACCGUUCGCAAACACCUUUUCUAUCCCAAAGACUGGAUCUAUUGGACUCGUAUCUUGACCUUGCCGGGAAAGGGACAGAUGACUAUUUCAUUAAAGGCGGUGUCACCAUUUUAGACCUAUCGUGUCCUUUCGUCGACCAAAGCACUGCGUGCAUUCUCUUCCGUAUCGCUAUUGACCUAUUUCUCCACGCUCAUCAAUCCCGAGGGAAGAUGAUUGUCGCCGAUGAGGCCCAUAAAUAUAUGGCUGAUGGCUCCACUUCAAACACACUUACCGAAACUUUCCUCACCAUAAUCCGACAGCAACGACAUCUGGGAGUUCGCAUUAUCAUUUCCACUCAAGAACCGACAAUCUCACCUCGAUUGAUCGACCUUUGCUCAUUGACGAUUAUCCACCGGUUUACUAGCCCCCAAUGGUACGAGAUAAUUAAUAGUCACGUUCCAAUGAAGAGUGAAAGCACAAGGCAGGAGGGUGGGCUUGUUCCAGGUGAUUUCCACCGGAUUGCUAGUCUUGGGACCGGCGAAGCGAUUGUGUUCGCUUCUUCUGCGCAUGUCAUAGGGCGGGACGAUGUAGUCAUCAAUACUCCACACGAAACCUUCAAAAUGAAGAUUAGAAGCAGGGUUACAUGGGAUGGCGGAAAGAGUAUUGUCUGCAUUCGCUAG